AUGAAGACAAUGAGGUUGCUAACUUUAUUUCUAAUAAGCGUUAUCAAAGUAAAUGCUAAUACAGUUCCUGUAUUUUUAUUAGAUUACGAGUCUGUUCUUCCUCAUGUAGUAGUAGAGCCAAAUCCAUUUAAUAAAGUCGAUACUUCAAGUUUCUUCGAUAUAAUUCAUGAAGCUAUAAGAAAUUCAAAGGUAGUUAUAAUGUUUGUAGAAGAAAAAUUCAGUACCGAAGAUAUAAGCAUCAAAGAUGAAUUUGGAUCUCCAUUUCAAUAUUUAAAACAAGGUCUCACUGAUAAGAAAGUUAUGUACCUCCCAAAAGUAAUUGAGCCUUACAAAUUACUCAAGCAAGUCUUUCAACAUCAGAAAAAUAAUGUAUACUAUGUAUCUAGCACUAGUAAUAAAAUACAAAUACGUAAUGGACGUCAAAAGCACUUCUAUAUUUAUUUCAAAGACUCAGCUAAUGACACUCGUGUUAAUACGUUGAGGCGCCAUGAUAUGGUUAUGCAGGAAAUAUAUUUUGUAAUACGACGAAUAGCAUCGGGGCCCGUUGUAGGAUUUUAUACGGGAAAGGUGAAUCCAGUAGUAAUACGGAAAAUCAAUUUUCUACCUCCAAGAGUAGCAGCAAGAAAGCAGGUUCCUGGCGUAACAGUUACUAGCACUGGAGCUCUUUUUCGCCUUUUUGGAGUAUAUUCCACUGUUGGUACUCGUCGAUCCACGUUUAGUCAAAGUCCACUGGUUACUGAAGAGAGAUGGGCGCGACGUCAACUUAAUAUUCGAAUGGCGUACACCGAUUUUGAACUGGAGUUUACAUUUUCAUCUAAACCUGAAGGAUGGGUAGCAGAAACAGUAGCUCUUUUGGAAUGGGGUGAAGAAGUUGGUCACACAAAGCUGGGGGUGGCUGUCCCGUGGGACCACUCUUACAUUUGUGGAGAGCCACUGACUAUAGUUAAUACUAGAGAUGGAAGUGCUGUUAUUAUAUCGCAAUAUCAGUUACAAUCAUUUAAUUCAGAUGUUUACUUACGCAACAGUUCGGGAGGCAACAAUACACACUGUUUUGGACCAGCUAUUCAUUGCGGGCCAUAUUUUAACUCGCGAAUAUUGGCUGGAUUGAUGGUUUCAUUUUUAUGUCUUGGGAUUUUGACUUAUGGUGUCCUUAUUUUAUAUAACUGUAAUUCCAAUGACAGAUAUGAUGAUGCUCAAGGUAAACCACUUGUGAUUGCAGCUGAUAUGCAUUAG